UAAUAGAGCAUUGCACAGGAAUAGACGGUCCGGAUAGUACUAGUCAAAGCCUAGUGAGUCACUUAACGUAGAGAUGUGACAAACAAGUACGGUUCUUUGGGUUUCUUUUUAAUUGGGGCGACAUGUGACGUUAUAGGUCUGGCAGUAUAUAACACGAUUUUCCGUACUGGCUUUUAUUGAAGUCAUGACGCGUGUUUAUCAGAGAGCUAGCCUGGAGUAUGGACUAUCACUGCAACACAAGAUGAGAAAUUGCACCAAAUCAGUGUGGAUGUUUAUUCAGACCACAGUACUACUAACCUGCGUCAUGAGUUUAACGAGCAGCGCCACCUUGUGUGAAGUGCGCUGUGAGACAGAAGACGUGGCAUCUUUGAAAGACUACUGGAGAAGUAAACACAGCUCAGAUACAUUUACUGGUUUUGUCCAGUCACUGUUGAAAUCUCUUCAGGCGUUUCCGUCCCUGUCAGGACUUUACGAGAAUGUCUUAUAUGUAAUAAGGACCUACGACGAUUGCAUGACCACGUGUGAAAUUCCACAUAGUAAAAAACGCGGACGUUUACAGCAUUUACCGUCUCAGGAUGCUUUCUUCAGAAUUUUUGAAUUAAAAUCUCGUUCGAUUGGGAGGAGAUGACGUCACUGGAGUCCCAUUCUCUAAGGGAAUUUUUGGGCUCUCCCAGAGAAUGUUAAUAAAAAUCAGACGAAGCAGUAGCUGACCCAGAUAUUCAGUAACACAAGUUUUGAUUGGACAAGUUGGAAAUCCACCGCUUUCUAUAAAAGAUUCACUGGCGUUUUUUCAUCAAUUGACAAUUUAUCCAAGAUACCAUCACCAUAGAAACGUGAACAGUCAGUUUAUGAUAUGCCUGUAAACAGAGAAAUUGAAGGCACAGCGAUUGUAGUUUCAGUAGAGAAAAACCAUGAAUAUACCGCGUCAAGAAUGAUUUUUCAUUUAAAACAUAAAACUGAGAGAGGGCUCUUUGACACAAUCGCCUGUAUCAGAAAUAGGAAGACAACAAAUAGGAGGAUGAUAAAUAGACCUUUUUGGUUUGGAAAACACAUCCACAAAUAACGUCACAUAAAGGUGUAACCACGUGGACCCUAAGAACGGCCGAGUAGACGGGGCUCUCACUUCCGUUACAAAGAAUAGCAAAAGAAAACCAUUUCUCACAUAGCUGACGUCAUUACCUGGAUGUCUUUUCAAAACCAAAAAUGUUGAUUUAAUUCAAACACUGACGUUUCAUUUUUUUCUGAUUGUUCAAAUUUUAUGGCAUCGUUAUAAGGUAUGAAGGAAACUUAAAAUUGAAUGCGAAAUUUUUACUGUUUAUGUUAAUUGAAUGAUACUAAACAUGACAUUUAGCUUGUUUUUCUUAUACAUUGGUCAUGUGCAAUUGUUUCUCAUUUUCUUAGACAACAUGCCUUAUUUUACUCCUUGGAUAACAAAUCAAGAUUCAGAUAAAAGUGAAUAAACCCAGAUUUGACAAACA